AUGCUACCUCUUUCGGUCCUGCAAUUCCAAGACGAUUUGCCAUCCCAUCAGGAGUUGCAUUCUUUUGUCAACCACGACCUUCUAAUUGCUGCAGGUACUAGGUUCACGCCUGCCUCUGAAAAGAAGCAACCUGCCGAUCCCUUAAAGUCUCACUUUGAGAAUCAGAUCCGACUGCUGUGGGCUCGAGUGCUCGGAGUCACCCCCGAUUCUAUUGGAGAGCAUGAUAACUUUUUUCGGUGCGGCGGCUCGGCCUCUAGCGCAAUACGCCUGAGCCAGAUGAUAUAUGAGCAUGGGCUAUUAGUAACAGUGAGAGAUAUUUUUCAACGGCCCCGACUAAUAGACCUUGUUGAUCGAGCUUGCUCGCUUGUUAAUUCAUCCAACCAUGAUUUUGUUCCACCUUUCACGUUACUUAAAUUGUCAUUGGAUGCACAAAAAGCUCGCGCUCAAACGUCACGCCUUUGCCAUGUUAAGGAAUCCCAAGUAUUAGAUGUACUUCCAUGUACGCCUUUACAAGAGGGUAUGCUCGCCUUAACACGCAGCAAUUUCAACGAGUACGUACAACAGUCAAUAUACAGGAUAGAUCGGGAUAUCGAUAUCAGGCGGCUCAAGUGGGCUUGGGACCAAGUUGCUGCGUCGAAUCCCAUCUUACGUACGCGGAUUGUUAGUUUACCUAACUACGGGAUUGUCCAAGUUGUCCUCGACGAGGAAGUGCAAUGGAUGUUCGAAUCGACCCUUGACCAAUUCCGAAAAAGGGCAACGCCCAAAGAGCUUCCCAUGGGGCUUGGUGACCCUUUGAUUCGCUUUGGUAUAAUCAGCGGAAUGUCAGGGGACACUAACUACUUCACUUGGGAAAUGCACCAUGCAUUAUAUGACGGAUGGUCUAUCCCCCUAUUAUUGAGUGACGUUGAACAUGCAUACUACCAGGAACCGGGGCCUGAACUCCUAGACAUGAGUCCAUACAUCAAAUACAUUCAAAAUAUCGAUGAAGUUGCUGCCCAUCGCUUCUGGACUGACCAAUUUGCGGGCAUUCAAGGCACUGGGUUCCCAUGGAUAGGCUUGUCGACUGAUGUGGAUCCCAACCCGGAUAUCCUGACAACUAUCCUGACACGCCAUGUGUCUGGACUGGAUUGGGGACGGAGUGACUUCACGGUUGCCACAAUUGUUCGUGCUGCUUGGGCGUUAGUAUUGGCCAUUCGCGCUGACUCUAAUGAGGCAUUAUUCGGCGUAACAGUAACGGGUCGUCAGGCAGCGGUGCCGGGAAUUGAACGUAUGGCGGGCCCUGCCAUUGCCACAGUUCCCGCCAGGGUAAAGGUUGACUGGAAAGGUAGUGCUUACCAACUAUUGCAAGCAGUACAUCGUCAGAUAGCUGAUAUGAUCCCUUUCGAACAAACUGGCUUGCAGAAUAUCCGCCAAUUCAGUGAGGAUGCUGCCAUCGCUUGUCGAUUUCGGUCGCUUCUUGUCAUUCAUAAUAACACGCCAGAUGAUACCCAGUUCUCAGGGCGGCCUUUUAUUAAGGAGCUUCCCCAUUCGUCAAUCGGACCUCAACCAUGUGAUGGCAGGUAUGCCAUAGAUAUUGACUGCAGACUGGCCCUCGAUGGAGUUUACGCAAGGAUGGAGUUUGACACACGCAUCUUCCCCAAGUCGGAAAUGGCAUGCGUUGUUGAAGACUUUGAGAAGAUUCUACGAUUUUUGGCAGAUAAUGUCAAUAGACAGGGAAGACUAGAAGACACAGUUGCACCAAUGUCCUUAUUUACUUCCAGGAGAUUAGCCGACGUGUUACAAUGGAACUCACGGGUACCCGAUCCUGUCCCUGAAUGCAUCCACGUGAUGGUUGAAAAAAAGGCUCUACAAUGCCCUAACUCCCUGGCUAUUCAUGCAUGGGAUGGCAGCCUGGAAUAUCAACAUCUACUGGAGAUAUCCACCAACUUCGCACUGCAACUGAUACAGGUAGGGGUAACAGGAACUAUCGUACCGCUAUUGUUUGAGAAGUCACUCUGGAUGCCUGUGGCAGCUCUGGCUGUCGUGAAAGCUGGUGGAAUCCUUGUUGCUAUGGACAUGAAGCAACCGUAUGAACGGUUAGCCCAGAUAGUAUCUCAGACCAAUUCACCAGUGUUGGUAUGUUCCGAACAGAACUCAUCACUGGCCCAGAGGCUUGGACGCCAGCAAUUCAUAAUUGGGUGGAACCGUCACCAUUUGGAUGUCAGAUGUCAAUCAAAAGGCCCAGAAUUACCGGUGAUUCACCCCGAGAGCCUUUUAUAUAUUGUUUUCACUUCUGGCAGCACCGGAACUCCAAAGGGGGUUCGUAUAACCCACCAAAACCUCUGUACUGCUAUUGCCCACCAACGAGAGGCUCUAGGAUACAAUGAUAAAUCGCGAGUGAUUGAUUUUGCUUCAUACGCUUUUGAUGUUACUUGGUCAAACAUCUUCUUUUCGUUCGCUGCAGGAGCAUGUCUAUGUAUACCCUCUUCACAGGAACGUGAAAAUCACUUGGCUGACUCUGUGAGAAAAUAUGGCAUUAAUUUAAUGGAUUCUACACCUUCACUUGCUCGAGCGCUAGGAAAAGAUGUUCUAUCAAGUUUAACCACACUGAUUAUGGGUGGAGAAAUGAUAUUGCCCUCUGACACAUUGCUGGCGGGAGACCGUACUCGAAUUAUCAAUGCCUAUAGCCCAGCUGAGUGUACUCCAACGGCGCUUAUUUCCCCCCUGGAUGCAACCGGAGUUAGAAUUGGCCGCGGUUUUGGGGUUGUCACUUGGAUUGUAGAAGAAGACAACCCACAACAACUAGCCUCGAUAGGCACAGUUGGGGAGCUAUGGCUCGAAGGGCCUCUUGUCGGUGCUGGAUAUCUUGAUGAUACUGAAAAAACUGCAGCAGCUUUUAUACAAGACCCUAUUUGGCUGGUACAGAAUACUGGACGCCGUGGACGUGUGUAUCGUACUGGUGACUUAGUUCGAUAUGAGCCAGAUGGGAAUAUCGUCUUCGUAGGUCGAAAAGAUGACCAGGUCAAAAUUCGAGGCCAGCGUGUGGAACUAGGCGAAAUUGAAAGUGUUAUUCGUCGAGCCAUUCAGCAACCAACACUACAAAUUGUUGUAGAGGCAGUACAGCAAGCUUCUGAUACCGGAAACCUUACACUAGUGGCUUUUCUGGCGCUUCAAGGAUCUCAAGAAAUGGAUGAACACUCAAAAAAUACUGAAGUGCAGCGGAUAACAGAAGAGCUUGCUAGCCGAUUAACACAGCUACUUCCAUCAUAUAUGCUCCCUACUAUGUAUUUCCCUCUACGGGAAAUUCCAAUGGUCACCAAUGAUAAAACAGAUCGAAAGCGCCUACGUGCUAUGGGUAGAACCCUGCUCUCGCAAGCGAAGUUAUCUGCUGCUGGAGAUAAAGAAAUGGGAAAUGAUGACGAAGAGCCAUUGAAUGAGACACAGGCGAUUUUGCAGAAUACCUGGAUGACCGUUCUCAACUUGUCACGAGCGGAGGCAUCAAUUGAUGCAACGUUCGCACGGCUUGGUGGUGACUCUAUCUCGGCUAUGCAAAUUGUUUCCCAAUGUCGAAUGCAUAACAUCCAUUUAACAGUGAGUGAUAUAUUGCUAUCACGAACAAUCCGGAAUGUAGCAAAAGUUUGUCGGGAUGUAUCGUCUCAAGAAAAUCUGUCAACCCCAAAGCUCGAGGAAGAUUCAACGGCCCUUUUUGAUCUCUCCCCGAUUCAACGUAACUUUUUCGAUACAUACCCUGAUGGGCUAAAUCAUUACAAUCAAUUCUUUCUUCUUGAUCUCAAAAGCCCUGUCUCUAGGGCCUCCCUUGAGGAGGCUAUUCAAGCCAUCGUUUUACGUCACGAUAUGCUACGAGCACGCUUUGAAAAAGACCUGAACACACAUACAUGGAAGCAAAGAAUUGCGGAGUACAGUACGGAGACAUUUGCGCUAACAGAACAUACAAUGAAAGACUAUGCUGCUGUUGGACUUGAAUCGCAGCGACGACAAGAGAAUAUGGAUAUUCGAAAUGGCCCUGUGUUCGCCUGUGAUCUAUUCAAUCUACCUACAGGCAAUCAAAUGCUCUUACUUUCUGCCCAUCAUUUGGUAAUAGACCUUGUCUCCUGGAGAAUUAUCUGGGCCGAUUUAGAAGACCAUCUGCAAUCCCGCAAGCUGCAUUCUGCCCAGACAUUGUCAUUCCAGGCUUGGUGUGCACACCAGGCCCGAAUAGGGCGCACAUUAUCACCACUACUAGUACUCCCUUACUCAAUUCCCGAGCCUCAGAUAGGCUUUUGGGGUGUCUCCCUAGAUGAGAAUACAUAUGGCCAAUGCAAGGCUGUGGAGGUGUCCUUUUCCUCGGACGUGAGCUCCCUGCUCUUCGGGAAGAGUAAUGAUUCUUUGGGGACUGAAGGAAUUGAUCUUAUACUUAGUGCUCUCUUCCACGCAUUCAUUCAUACAUUUCCGGAGCGCAGCACACCAGCAAUCUGGAUUGAAGGCCAUGGCCGUGAACAAUUUAGUGAGCAGCCAGUCGAUGUCUCUAGUACAGUGGGAUGGUUUACUUCUAUGUAUCCUUUCGCAAUUCCGAUUAACCUCCACCACUCACUAGCUAGGGACGUGGUCAGGCUUGUCAAAGACACGCGACGCAAUGUGCCUGCAAAUGGGCAGCAAUUCUGGGCUUGCCGGUACAAUAGUGAAUCUGGCCAUUUGGCAUUUGAAGCAUACGAUACCCCUGAGAUUGUGCUUAAUUUUACGGGUCGAUUCCAGCAGCUAGAGAAAGAAGAUGGGCUAUUCAAUCCGUCUUCUCCUUCCGAGUUUAGUGAUUCCCUUCUGGCGAUAACCGAAGUCUCAAAAUCGGCCCGGCGACAGUCAAUGAUUGAUAUAGAGGCUGCUGUAUCCGACGGCGAAUUAAAGGUUGAAUUUAUCUUUCAUAAGAUGAUGCAGAGUGAUCGUCUUCAAAAGUGGAUUCAAAAUUUCUCACAGGACCUAGAGUUUCUUUCCCACAACUUUGCCCAAGCUCCAUCCGGAUUCACGUUGAGUGAUUUGCCUCUCCUUCCCCUCUCAUACAAUGGCUUGGAUAUCCUUCUUGAGCAGGAACUGCCUCGUAUGGGGGUCAAACCAGAACAAAUCCAAGCUAUCUAUCCUUGUUCGCCUUUGCAGGAGGGCAUGCUCAUAAGUGCAGCUAAGGGGAUUGCUUCUUAUCACACUCGCACAACAUGCCGCUGUGACUCCUUUGGUGAGCCUGUUUGCCCCUUACGUUUGGAAUCAGCUUGGAAAGUAGUGGCGAACAGGCACACGGUUCUCUCUUCUCUCUUUACCCUCCACCCCGAGGGUAAUGGUUUUAUCCAAAUGGUGCUAGACAAGCCACCAGUAAGGGUAAUUCAGAUGGAAACUGACGAUAAUAAUCCGAUUACGGUUUUGAACAAAAAAGAACCCCCAUCUUUUUUCCUGAAUGAGCCGCAGCAUUUGUUAACUAUAUACCGAUCAAAAGCUGCAAGUGUAGUAUCGUUUCGACUUGACAUGAAUCAUGCCAUGAACGAUGCUCAAUCAAUGGCAGUACUUCUAGAAGAGCUUGCAGCUACAUAUGAUGGUUUUGAACUUCCAGCUGCCCCCAGGUUCACUGAUAUGAUUAGCUAUAUUAGCCAGACACCCAAAGAAAAGACUGCUGCUACAUGGGCGACUAUCUUAGAUGGAAUGAAGCCUUGCAAUUUUCCCACAUCAUCGCCAUCCUCACGAGGAAUGAUGCCCGAGAUGCUCGGUGAGGUAUCUAGCUCCACUCCGCACUCUAAAGUUCACAUCGUGGAUUACUGCAAAAAGACGAAUAUCCUGUUUUCUGCCUUUCUGCAGGUGGCCUGGGCAAUAACACUAUCGCAUUAUACAGGGAUGAAGGAGGUCUGCUUUAGUUAUCUCACGUCGGGGCGUGACGCUCCAAUUGAGCGGGUAGAGAAAAUGGUUGGCCCUCUAGCUAAUCUUCUUAUCAGCCGAGUUGACAUGGGGGUACCAGUAAAAGAGGUCCUCCGGGCCACAUCCAAGAAGUCAGAACAGAACAUGGCCAUACAGCAUGUGUUUAUAGGGGAGGUCCUUCACCGACUUGGGCUAUCUGGCCAACGGCUCUUCAAUACAUCCCUCUCGAUUCGCUCUUACGACAAGGAAGAAGUUCAGAAGUACAGCAUUAAGUUCCAAACAUUGGAUGAUGAGGACGGCCAUGAAUACGACUUGAGUCUAAACGUCUCACUAAAUCGUCAUGGCCAUACCGAUCUUUUGCUAGAGUACAGAAAACCAUAUAUUACCCAGCAGAUAGCUGAAGAGGUCUAUGAGACGCUCAACCAGGCAAUUGACUAUCUGCUAACCAUCGAUAUUGACGGUAACACUGGACAUGAUGAGCUUCAGGGGGGACUCACCAUCAUAAACAAUGAUCAAUAUGCCAAGGCAAUAUCUCUCUUUGAUCAGAUAUUUCUACAAAAAUACGGCGUUGAAAGGUCUAUUGCAGAGAGCUUUUGGAAAGACCAGCUUUCUAACACUCACGGAGUACACUUUCCUGAAGUCAAGCAGAUGGUGACCACCGGAAUUGAACGUGGUGAAAAAAUACAUCUGACUAUGAAAAGCAUUGAUUUCAUCCCAGGGAGUUUCUCGGCAGAAGUAGUAGUUAGGGCUGCGUGGGCUAUCUUAACGGCUCACUUUUCCAAUUCCGAUGAAAGCCUGUUUGGAGUAUGCCGCCUGAAUGGUGAAGGAAGGAAAAACAUGUUGCCUACUCGCAUUGUGCUUAACUGGAACAACACCAUUCUUCAAUUCCUCUCGGAAAUCGAGCAGCAAAUACGCAGCAUGGAGCCCUUUCAGCGUAUGCUUUUGGAACAAAUCUCUUGCUUGUCAGACGAAACCAAAUUUGCCUGCAAUUUCCAGACUCUGCUAGUAAUUGGCUCUCCAAGAACAGAUGGGAUCGAAUGCUACGACCCCAUCAUCACUAACGGUGAUACGAAGGGAGGUGUCUUUAAGGAAGAUAAUCAUACAAUCGUGAUGAAAGUUAGUGAAGGAGAAGGCAAAGAUGUGGAAAUUGCAAUGGGCUUUGACUCGGGCAUUGUCAGUAUGGAUCGUGCUAUCAGGCUCACCCACGGACUCGAACACACGAUCCGACAAUUACUCGAUAUAAAUCGACGGGAAGACAAGCUGUGUAAUGUGACUGUGGCCAGCCACCGAGAUUUGAACAACAUCUGGGCCUGGAAUGCCGAGUUAUCGGUUCCAGUUGAAGGUAUUAUACCCGAUUUGAUUAUUGAGACGGUCAUUCAGCAGCCACAUUUUCCUGCUGUUAACGCUUGGGAUGGGGAUUUAACGUAUGGUGAACUGCAUGAAUUAUCCUCUAAGCUUGCCCACCAUCUCCUUGCUGAAGGUGUUGGUAGAGGAAGCAUUGUCCCCCUUUGUUUCGAAAGGUCCAAGUGGAUGCCAGUUGCAGCGCUGGCCGUCAUGAAGACUGGAGCAGCAGCUGUUGCUAUCAACCUCUCGUUCCCAGAACAAAGGCUUCGUUCAAUUAUAGGUCAGAUCUUUACCAGCUCAAAGUCGACGCUUAUACUGUCUUCUGUCUCGAAUCAACCCUUCUUUGAGAGCCUAGGUCAGGGUGAAGUCUAUAGGGUAGGAGACGAUCUAUAUCUACCUACUGGCUCCACGAUCGCUACCCCUGAAUGGCCGGCCGUGCAUCCGUCCGAUGCAUUUUAUAUCGUGUUUACUUCCGGGACAACAGGGGAUGCGAAAGGAGUGGUGAUUACCCACCAGAACUUUAUCAGUGCAAUUGCUUACCAGCGAGAAUUUCUCGGAUUUGGCAGUAAUCCAAGGGUAUUAGAUUUCACCUCGUAUGCCUUUGAUGUGUUUUGGCUUAAUCUACUGAGGGCCCUGGCUACAGGCGGGUGCCUCUGUAUCCCUUCCCAGGAGGAAUUUGAGAACGAUCUUGGUGGCUGUCUGGAAAAGUACCAAGCAACUGUUGCUGACCUGACGCCGUCAGUAGCGCGCGUUGUCGAACCAAGAAGCGCCUUUUCUCGACUAUCGACGCUGGUGCUGGGUGGUGAAGCUAUUUUACCAAAUGAUUUGGACCUAGUUGGUGAUGAGACACAGCUAGUAUUGGCUUAUGGCCCAGCCGAAUGCACGCCCACUAGCACUAUUCUAUAUGGCCCCAAAUGCUUGGAAGGGGGGGAGAUUGGUCGGGGAGUUGGGGUGUGCACAUGGGUUGUCGACCUUAAAAAUCCGGAUGCACUGGCUGCUGUUGGUGCUGUUGGUGAACUUUGGAUUGAAGGCCCGCUUGUGGGUGAAGGAUAUCUCAAUGACCCCGAAAAGACAUCAAAAGUCUUUGUCAAGGACCCUAUAUGGCUUCAACGCGGCUCUCCCGAUGGGAGACACCCAGGCCGUCGAGGGCGGCUCUACCGUACUGGAGAUCUGGUCCAAUACCAGGAAGACGGCUCGCUUCUCUUCCUCUCACGCCGAGACACUCAGGUCAAGAUCAGGGGCCAACGUGUCGAGUUGGGAGAUCUUGAACAUCACAUCGGCUCUUUGGCUGUCAAAUUUAUGCAGGAUUCUGGCGCCCUGGGGGAGAAUGGGAAUGUGCAGGUGGUAGCUGAGCUGGUCGAGCUGUCUGGCAUCGCAGAUAAAACUCUUGCAGCCUUUAUAGCCGUGGAUGGUAUCAGCAGCAGCAACGGCUCUUCCGAUAAUAACAAAGAAGUUAAUGAACUGGGGUGCAACCGCUUGGUCCAGCAGAUGAUAAGCAGUGUCAGAAAGCAGAUUGAAGAAGUGCUGCCCCGGUACAUGCUCCCAUCGACAUAUAUACCCGUCAAACGCAUCCCCAUUGCAGCCACAGGCAAAGCGGACCGGCGAGAGCUACGUCGUAUGGCGGCGUCCCUUUCAACGCGGGAAAUCGAAGCAAUGAACAAGGCCGCUGUGGACGAACGGACACCACCCCAGACGGAGAAGGAGUGUGUGAUGCAGGGCCUCUGGGCCGAAGUGCUGAAGAUUGAAGACCGAGACUGCAUCAGCGCAAGUGACAGCUUCUUCCGUCUCGGGGGAGACUCGAUUGCAGCGAUGAAGAUUGUGGCCUUGGGGCGGCAAAGGGGGCUUGAGUUCACUGUAAGGGAUGUCUUCCAGCAUCCAGUCCUUCGUGAAAUGUGUCUCCAGUGCCAUGAUCUGUCGGUCUAG